GCAUUUCUCCCACAAGGGAGUCAGAGGCUACUCCCCUUGUUCUCCUCGCUUUGCUUGCCCCAUCUCUACCGCGGGUGUUCCUCCUCCACUGGUCGGAUCCUACCUCGGAGGUCGAGUUGAUGGCUGAAGGGAGUGCCUGUUUCAACUGGGGCAUGGCGACCUCGAUGGUCGGGAACCACUACCCGGGCUCCGGCCAUGGCGGUGUUGCACAACACUUUGUCCAUGAUGAUGAUGAUGCUCCGGCCGGGGUGGUCGUCGUCCCGGGCGUCGGAUCAAGAGCUUCUCGUGGCAUCAGCGAGAUAGAUCCCACCGGCUUCCCGGGCUACGGGAGCAGCGACGCCCACAUGGCAAUCGCGGCGCCUCCUCGGCGACCGCCGCGUGCCGGAUCCAGCGGCCUGACACAGUUCAAAGGGGCGUGGACCGUGGAGGAAGACAAGCUGCUCAGGGCGAAGGUGCAGGAGUUUGGCAACGGGAAUUGGGCGAAGGUUGCGCUAUACCUCCCGGGUCGGAGCGGGAAGCAGUGCCGGGAGAGAUGGAUCAACCAACUCGACCCCACCAUUGAGAGGAAAAUCUGGACCGACGCAGAAGACAUGGAGCUCAUCGAGGCGCACCAGGCCUGGGGAAACCGCUGGUCAGUGAUCGCCCGGCUACUCCCAGGCAGGUCGGAGAACGCUGUCAAGAACCACUGGAACGCCACCAAGCGCAGUCUAAGCUCGAAGCGCCUGCUCAAGAAGAGGAACAGCGAGCAGCCCCCUCCCGGCCGGCUCUCCAUCCUUGCAGAGUACAUCCGCAGCCUGGACCCGCACAAUGAAUCACCCGCAGAGACACCGCCACCAUCCCCACCAUUGUAUCAUGGCCAAGAGCACGGCAGGCGGAUAGGGAUGGCCAGUCUAGAUGCUGGCAAUGUCAUCGCCCCUACUACCCAGGCACAGUCGGUCUACCCCAAUCCAGCCAUGACUGGUAUGUAUAACCACCAAAACUCGGCCAACAUGCAGUACUGGGUGCCAGACCUGAAUGCCACCGGCGGGCAACAAGGGGGGUACUCUCACUACACCCCUCCCGACACGCAGCUGAACCACCGCUUGGCGUACGGUCUGCUGCCGGCGCAGAUGGUGAGCGAGCAAGACAUCCAACAGGCGGCGGCCUACGCGAGCAUGAACAUGUACCCGUUCAACGGACAACAGACCCUCCUGGCGAGCAACCUGAACAACCAGCUGGGCGGCGCGGGUGGUGGAGCUGGCGGCUGGUCCUACUACUAUGGCAUGGACGCAUCUGGUCCGAGCCGUCGUGCCACAGGUAGCGGUAGUGGAAGCGACCCUGACGACAUUGAUGUGGUGCAAAUGGCCUCGAGGGAGUUCGCCGGGCAGGACCAGGAGCCCCCUCGAUCGUAUGACUAGAUUCAAGUGAGACAUACAUGCAUGUCCCCGGCGGAUUUCAUGAGCAAGAAGAACAAUGAGACUGUAUGUUUUAUUAUGUAUUUGUGUUGUGUGUGUACUUUGUUUGAUUUGAGUACUUUAUGAAGGUACUUUAUGUGGUCCGUUUAUGAAAGUACAUUAAUUUGUUGUU